GAUAAAUAUCUCGAACCGCGACCGAGGCGAGGAAAAAAGGAAUCCAGGAAAAAAGAGAGAAAAAAGAAGAAGAAAAAAAAACUUCGCGUCGUUCCUCUCCCAGGCCUCUUCUUGCUCUGAUUCCUUCGCUCCGGCAAUCGAUCCCCGGCUGCGAUGGCGGAGAAGAUCAUCUUGAAGAGCUCCGAUGGCGAGGUCUUCGAGGUGGAGGAGAGCGUGGCGAUGGAGUCACAGACGAUCAAGCACAUGAUAGAGGAUGACUGCGCCGGCAACGGCAUCCCCCUACCCAACGUCACGAGCAAGAUCCUCUCCAAGGUGAUUGAGUACUGCAAAAGACACGUCGAAGCCUCCGCCGCCGCCUCCAAGUACGCCGCCGAGGACUCCUCCUCCUCGAAGGCCGCCGACAACGAGCUCAAGGCCUGGGACGACGAGUUCGUUAGAGUCGACCAGGCCACGCUCUUCGACCUUAUCCUGGCUGCAAACUAUCUAAACAUUAAAGGCCUACUGGAUCUGACCUGCCAAACUGUGGCUGAUAUGAUCAAGGGCAAGACCCCUGAAGAGAUCCGCAAAACUUUCAAUAUCAAAAAUGACUUUACUCCUGAAGAAGAGGAAGAGGUGCGGAGAGAGAACCAGUGGGCCUUUGAGUGAAUGGAAUUUACAUGUUAUUUUUCUGAUAGGUGGAUAGCUGGUCUUUGGGUGUUUAUGGUGUAGAUUGAUGACCUGAAGCAAUGCUGGACUGACUUCUAUGAUGCAGUUACUUUUACUGAGCUGUACAAUGUAUAUAGGGUUGGUUGCUUAUUUGGACAUGGGGACUGCUUGCCAACCUCAUUUGGAUAUUUUAUAUAUUUCUUCUUGAAGCAUGGAACUUUAAUGAUUAUAUUAUAUUUUCUUGAUUUGGAUCCUA